GCCAUUAACGGUUCCACAGGUGAAUAGGGCAGACCUGUUUUUUAUUUUGUAAAACUUUUUAAGUAUUUCAAUGCCCAAAGAAUUAAAAUGUAAUGAAUCCUUCACAGAAAAACUAUUUUGGGUUGGUCACUUAAAGCAGUGGAACAGGAAGGAGGAAUGUCAUAAAGCUGGGCGGUUAUCCAUAAACCGAAGACAGACAGAAAUCCGGAAUUGUUGGGUGUUGGUGACCGAAAAAUACAUUUUCCUCCUGGUUAACCGUAAUCAUGCCAUACUAUGAGAAAGCCAUUAAGAAAAUGCUCCCUAAGACAUAUCUCCGCAAACAUGUAGCCCAAGAAAUGUAUGUUGCGUUGACUCACUUCCAAAGCCUUGUGCCCAUGCUGGAUAGAUAUGUUUACAAUGAUGGAACCACAAAAAACUUGAUGAGUCUAACCGGAACCAUUCCUGUCAUGUUUGAAGACAAGACCUACAACAUUCCUGUAUGCCUGUGGAUUGAGGAAAGCUACCCCCAAACUGCUCCCAUCUGCUAUGUCAGACCCACAUGUGAGAUGAUGGUCCUCACCAGUAAAUACAUCUCUAGCAAUGGUGAAGUCAUGCUGCCUUACCUGGAGGAGUGGAAUAAUGGUGAUUGUGACUUACUUAGCCUACUGCAGGUGAUGGUUGUCAUGUUCGGAGACUUCCCUCCCGUAUGCAUGCAGACUAAUUCAGAGUCCGAACAAGCCCCUUGUUGGCUACAGUUCAACAGACAAGCAGAGGUGCUUUCAAAUACAGAUGGAAGUACAGAUGAAGUGCAUCUGCAAAUAGCCAGAGAAGAUGGUCUACCUUUCCAGCAAGACAAUGAAACCAACUGUUAGCCUUGUGGAAUUUGAAAAUGAUUUAUUUUUACUGUUUGUGUGUUGGCUGU